CAUAGUAUCUUUUUACAGAGAUUCACAUAGAUGCCUGGUAAGGAUAACGCAGCAUUUGAAUUGGGUGAAAGACAGAUGGAAGGUGCUUCAAGCUCUCAUGGACCCCCACAACCAUACCAGGCCAUCAAGACAGUUUCCACGCUGAAGAUUUUCUUGGUGUGUCUGUUGGCCACUGUGCUAACCACUAUAAUCACAUUGAUUGUGGUGGUAACCUACAAACCACCUCAAUACUCUACAACCCAAACCCAAGGAACUCCAACAGACGGCAAUAAUAAGCCCAAAUUGACGCAGAUCGAUACAAAAUAUAGAUUCCUGAGCCAUCUAUACAAGUCCAAGUUAUUUAAGUUCCCGGGAGGCACUGUGCAAUGGUCCAGAUAUCGUCAGAACCCAGAAGAAUACCCUGACAGAGAGUCGCGUGAAUUUGGUACCAAUAUCAACAAGUUUCAGUCUAAAAUGACUGGCAGCAUCCUCCGCAUCAAGAGGAAAGGCAUGCGUGUUCCUCACUGGCACCUGAACUCCAAUGAACAUGGAUACGUCUUGCAGGGAACAGCGUGGAUUGGGGUGGUGGAUGAAAAUGCCAAGGUGGUAGGAACGUUUAACAUCACGGUGGGACAGGUCUUCUUCUUGCCCAAGAACACGAUGCACUGGAUGAAGAACGUGGGGCCAGAUGAGGUUAUCUUCCUCCUUUUCUUCACCAUUCACGAGCAGCUCCGCUCCAUUGACGUGGACGAUGCGUUCUUCGCCACACCACAGGAUAUCGCUGCCAGGGCACUCAAGCCCAUAGACGGAAUCAAGUUCAUAAAAUCAUUCAAGAGAGCGGAAGAAAAUCAGGCUGUCAAUCUUCCCCCGAACCUGGACCAGCUGAUCAGAAGCGCUAGUUACCCAAAGGCUUCGGAUGACAUUGUCGCAAAGUACUUUUAUGAUCUGAAAGGCUCCAUAACCUACAUCUAUCCUGGUGGCACGAUUCAAUGGGCCCGAUACCGUAAAGAUACAUCAUCACUGAAUAAAAAUGAGAAGAUAUACAGUGAAUUCCUCAAUGAGAAUGAAGACAGCCUCACUAUAUCAACAAUGGACAUCCCGAAUAACGGGCUCCGUGUGCCCCAUUUCCACACCAACGCCAAUGAGAUGGUGUACAUCGCGAGAGGCUGUGGAUCGGUUGGGGUCUUUAGUCCCGGAAACUCAGUCUCAAACUUCUACAUAAACACAGGAGACUUGGCAUUCUUCCCCAUUGGGACUCAACAUUUCGUCAAAAGUAUCUGUGACGAGCCAAUGUUGGCAAUCAGUGCUUUCAGCACUGGCAACCAGCUGGAGACUCUGGACAUACACAAAUAUUACAAUGCAACGGCUGACCACAUCCUGGCUCAACUAUUCAUGAAACCCCAGGACCAGGUCAAGAGACUGAAGGUUCUAGAGGGGAAUCAAGCACUCAAUAUGCCAUAGGUUUAACCUGCCGUUAGCUAAAUGCUCACCAUGCCUCAAUAAUAAUCAUCCUUGCAUUUCAUACAAUGCCUUAUCAUGUAAU